AUGACAUCAAUUAUAGGCUAUACUCGAGUUCCAUUUAAUCCUUCAUGUUCAAUAGCGCCUGUGCAAAGGCUUUAUCAAGCAAGGCCGCCACUGACUAGAACAGACCACAAUGACCAUAUUGUAUGUAACGAUGAAAACAAGAGCACCAGCAAAAGUAGCAGACCUACGACUACAUUUCAUCGCAUGUUCUCAAGGGAAUCAUCCGGCUCUAAUGGUAUCAUUGAGCUGAUAGGUGAUACAACAAAGAUACCACCACUUGAGUCAAGCAAGAUAGCUAUCGUUACAAAACCAGCUAAAGAUAACAGCAAGAGCAGCACCCAGAAGAGCAGAAAGAUAACCACCGCUAUCACCACAAGCACGCAAUCCAAUCUCAAGAAUUACAAUACACAUUUAUCUAUUGAUUUAAACAACCAACGCGAUUACCAACAACUGCCCACGCUGACAAUUGACGACGACGACGCCAAUGACUCAGCAUCCAGCAAGAACUAUGACAAUUUGCAGCGACUGAUGGACUCCAUUGCCAAGCUAGCGUACGACAAGUCCAUCAAGUUUCUCAACAUCAUUGAACUCCUCAAGCAACUGCAAACAUAUCAAGAUCAGUAUCGCUUCAUGAGCUGUAUCGACAAGCAAAAGCAGGUUAUUUUAGUCUACUUCCCAAAUACCCUCUCCACAAAUGCACAUCAGACACAACAAUGGCUCAAGGCACAUGCUGGCAUCGACGUUGAACGUUACCAUGAUUGGCAUUUAGUGCAGGAUGUGUCGUCACCGCCACCAGAGCAACAGCAGGAAAAGGACUUUUUUGAUGGGCCCAAAUACUUUGACGAUAUACACAUGUUUAUCAAUCAGGUGGAUGCGUUGAUAGAAUCAAAUGGUCUUUUUUCUCAAGCAGCAAAAAAAGGAGAGAACCACUAA